AUGGCGUUCCGGAACGAUAUCGUGGAAAGAGUCCAGAUGGUAGUGGCUGCAGUGCCAGAAGGUAUGACAUUCCCCGGUCCGCUGCCGGAUGUAGCCGAACGUUGUGGGCGCUGGGCGCCUGACUCGUUAUCCGCAUCGGCAUCUGGCAGUUCCGAUGAAAAACCCACGCCGCGCCGGCCGCGGUGGCGUAUCGCUUUAGCUGCACUCGUCGUGCUGGCCGCGCUCGGUGCAGCUCUUGCGCUACCUCUCGCUCUUGGCGGCGGCGGGCGAGCUACUCCCGAACAGAGACUUACUACAAUUCGCCGCAUGUUGCGAGACUCUCCACUCGUCGAUGGUCAUAACGACUUAGCAUGGAAUGUCCGAAAAUUUUUGCAUAAUAAGUUAGGAGACUUUAAUUUGAGUGCUGGUCUUGAUGCUAUUGAACCUUGGGCGCGGUCGCGCUGGUCGCAUACUGAUAUCCCACGCUUGAGACUUGGUCAGGUCGGUGCUCAAUUUUGGUCGGCCUAUGUGCCGUGUGGUGCUAGAGAUAGGGACGCUGUUCAACUGGCUCUGGAACAAAUGGACGUCAUAAAACGUAUUGUCGAACUGAACACGGCACACUUGGCACUAGUUACUGAUGCAGCCGAACUUAUAGAAGCACAUCGUGAAGGUCGUAUCGCAUCUCUUAUAGGUGUGGAAGGAGGUCAUGCUCUUGGUGACUCAUUGGCUGUGCUUCGUGCGUUUUAUCAACUCGGUGCUCGGUACCUUACCGUUACUCAUACGUGCGAUACGAGAUGGGCUCGAGCCGCGGGUACCGCAGGAGGUCUCAGCGAAUUUGGACGUGCUGUUGUCCGCGAAAUGAAUCGACUUGGCAUGAUAGUGGAUCUAUCGCAUGCCGGUGAAGAGACGGCACGCGAUGCUUUAGAAAUGUCUCAAGCGCCUGUAGUUUUUUCGCAUUCGGGAGCUGCAGCACUUUGCAACUCGAGUAGAAAUGUUCCCGAUGAGUUACUACGUAAGAUUGCAGCGAACGGUGGAGUUGUGAUGAUCAAUUUCUACGCAAAACUUGUCACUUGUGGUGAAAAAGCCACGCUCGAGGACGUUGUGGCGCACAUAAACCACGUACGAAGGAUUGCUGGUGUGGAGCAUGUUGGUCUGGGAGCUGGAUAUGAUGGCAUCGACGCACCGCCUGAAGGCCUCGAAGAUGUGUCGAGGUACCCACACCUAUUAGCCGAGCUUUUGCGCGACCCAGACUGGAGCGAGGAUGAUGUGCGGAAACUGGCUGGCAUGAAUGUGGUGCGCGUGUUGCAGCACGUGGAGAGAGUGCGCGACCAAUGGCGGCGCGCCGCUGUGCUGCCGGGUGAGGAGACAGCGGGUGUGCGUCGCGGCGACUGCGUGUACGGGACUGCGUGA